GGGUGCUGCUUUCCACCGUACCAUCCCCAUGCCUAAGACACUGCCCUGUGUACACAAGGCACUCAGUACAAGUCAAACAAUCAACUAGGAAAAGAUUCCUCCCGACCCUACCCCCGCCCCGCCCUCCUGGCUGGAGCUGCCUGGCUGGGACCGGCGGGGACCCUGCAUGGAAACGGGUGGCCAGCAGGAGGCGCUGUGGAAUCUCCUGGCGGCCUGGGCCCAACGCUCACCUUUUUUUCAGGCUGCGCUGAUGGCGGCAGCGGGUGGUGGUGCCGGACUGGGCACAGCCACGGGGCUGGAGGCGGCGACGCUGCAAAAGUUGUCGCUUCGGCGGAAGAAGGCGCUGGAAGCCGAGGAAAUGGAGCUGUACGAACUUGCACAGGCUGCUGGUACCGUCAUCGACCCGGAUGUUUUCAAGAUCCUGGUGGACUUGCUGAAUCUGAACGUGGCUCCCCUGGCCGUCUUCCAGAUACUGAAGUCCAUGUGUGCUGGACAACGGCUGGCGAGCGAUCCCCAGGACUCGGUAGCCAUAUCUCUGUCCACAUCAGAGACCCGAGGAAGAAACAGAGGUGGCCCCACUCUUGGUGGUGUACCCCUAGUGGCAGAACGUGGAAGCCGUGAUGGACCCAUCCAGAGAAUGCCACGCCAGCCCAGUGCUACUAGGCUGCCUAAAGUGGCAGGACCUGGGAAAAGUAACUCCCGGAGCAGCACAUAGACCGGAACAGAGUCUGUACAUGGGACCAUAGUCGAGGCAGAUGCCGUCCUCUCUGUACUUUCUUUAGAAGCUGAGUGUCUCUCUCUGCCACUUUUGAAUUCUAAUAAAGGACACAGAUUUAGGGUGAA